AUGAGUGGUGACCUCACUGCCCGCGCGAGAAACCACCUCCUCGGCCUCCUACGUGUACCGCGGCUAAACGGGCAUUCUGUCUACACACUCACCAGCGCUCCACCUCUUCAGUCCUAUUCCGUCCGUACCCUCCUCCGCCUCCCUUGCACCCGCCGUCGCCUCCCGCUCAGAGCCCCCUCGUCGCGACACCGCACAACGUCAUGGCCACUCUCGGCCCCUCCGCCGCGCAUCGCGGCCCGCCCGUCCUCUCGCAGCGCCGCCCCUCGGCCCGCUCCCCGGCGCACAUCAGCCUGCUCACGAGCGUCCGACAAUCCCGUGCCUACGCCGCGCAUCAUGAGCUCCGCGUCGCUGACGACGUCUUCGAAGCCACCAACCACUUCCCUUCCCUGAGGCCCAUCGUCGAUU